AAACCAGCGCCAAGAGCAUCAGCCGUGGUGCCCCCUUGGAGCGAACCCGUCCCAGUGUCACCGAGGGCGCCCUGAGGAGCCGCCGGGAUCUGCUCUCCACUGCCAUCCCCUUGAGGCGGGCGAGGCAAAUCUUAGCAAGGCUUAGCGUGGCCCGCACUGGCAGCCUCGGGGAUGCACCUGAAGCCCUGAGCUCCCUCAGAGCAUCCAGCCGGCGCUGCCCCGCUCCCGGGGAGGGAUGACGCCAUGAGGGGGGAGAAGGGCGCGCGGGCGCUUGUGGGAGAAGGGGGGCGCCGCCAUGUCAGGCGGGGCGGGAGGGAAGGAGGGAGGGGAGCGCGGGGCGGGACAGGGGCGGCGGCCGCAGCCGCAGCAGCAGCAGCCGGGGUGGUGGCGGCGGCUGCCGGCAGCUGUCAGCGCCCGCUCCGCCGGCGCCGACCACCGCGGCCCUGCCAGCGCCUAGCGGGAAGCGCUGGGUGCGCCGUGGUGCUGACUCGCUUCUUUCUCGCUUUCCCUCCCUCUCUCCGGUCCUCUCUCCCCCCCAAAAACCCUUUUCCUUCCUCCCUUUCGCCCGCCCAUCGCUGACAUCCUCCUCCGGCCGCCUCCCCGCCCCGGGCUGCGCGGCCCCCGCCGCCUCAGCGAGCGCUGCGCACAUCGCCCGAGCUGCAGCACCGAGCGAAUGUAUGAAAACAUGUCCACAAUGGUGUAUUUAAAGGAAGAGAAGUUGGAGAAGCUUACUCAAGAUGAAAUCAUUGCCAAAACUAAGCAAGUUAUAAAUGGACUAGAGGCACUGAAGAAUGAACACAAUUCAAUUUUACAGAGCUUACUUGAAACGUUGAAAUGUUUGAAGAAAGAUGAUGAAACUAAUCUGGUUGAAGAAAAAUCAAACAUGAUUCGAAAGUCACUGGAGAUGCUGGAGCUUGGCCUUAGUGAAGCACAGGUAAUGAUGGCUUUGUCAAAUCACUUAAAUGCAGUGGAAUCAGAGAAGCAGAAAUUGCGGGCUCAGGUUCGCCGGCUGUGCCAGGAGAAUCAGUGGCUACGGGAUGAGCUCGCCAAUACACAGCAGAAACUACAGAAGAGUGAGCAGUCUGUGGCUCAGCUGGAGGAGGAGAAGAAACAUCUAGAAUUCAUGAAUCAAUUAAAAAAAUAUGACGAUGAUAUUUCACCAUCAGAGGAUAAAGAUACGGAUUCCACCAAAGAGCCUUUGGAUGAUCUAUUUCCCAAUGAUGAAGAUGACCAAGGACAAGGAAUUCAACAGCAGCACAGCAGUGCAGCAGCUGCUGCCCAACAAGGUGGCUAUGAAAUUCCAGCAAGAUUACGGACCCUACAUAAUCUUGUUAUCCAGUAUGCUUCCCAAGGUAGAUAUGAGGUUGCUGUACCUCUCUGUAAACAAGCUCUUGAAGAUCUGGAGAAGACUUCAGGUCAUGACCAUCCUGAUGUUGCCACUAUGUUGAACAUACUUGCUUUGGUGUACAGAGACCAGAACAAAUACAAAGAUGCAGCAAACCUCCUGAACGAUGCCUUGGCCAUCCGUGAAAAGACUUUGGGCAAAGAUCAUCCAGCGGUGGCAGCAACUCUUAACAAUCUUGCAGUACUCUAUGGUAAACGGGGAAAGUACAAAGAAGCAGAACCGCUGUGUAAGCGAGCUCUGGAAAUCAGAGAAAAGGUCCUGGGGAAAGAUCACCCUGAUGUUGCCAAGCAGUUAAAUAACUUGGCUUUGCUAUGCCAGAACCAGGGUAAAUAUGAGGAGGUUGAAUAUUACUAUCAGAGGGCACUUGAAAUCUACCAGACUAAGCUGGGACCAGAUGAUCCAAAUGUUGCAAAAACAAAGAACAAUCUGGCAUCCUGCUAUCUAAAACAGGGCAAGUUUAAGCAAGCGGAAACUUUAUACAAAGAGAUUCUUACUCGUGCUCAUGAACGGGAGUUUGGCUCUGUAGAUGAUGAAAAUAAGCCUAUCUGGAUGCAUGCAGAAGAGAGGGAAGAAUGCAAGGGAAAGCAAAAAGAUGGCACAUCUUUUGGAGAGUAUGGAGGCUGGUACAAAGCUUGCAAAGUUGAUAGUCCAACAGUAACAACUACUUUAAAGAACCUUGGGGCACUUUACAGACGACAGGGCAAAUUUGAAGCUGCUGAAACAUUAGAAGAGGCAGCAAUGAGAUCUCGUAAACAGGGUCUUGACAAUGCUCACAAACAGAGGGUGGCCGAGGUGCUGAAUGACCCUGAGAGCAUGGAGAAGCGGCGGAGCAGGGAGAGCCUCAACGUGGAUGUGGUAAAGUACGAGAGUGGCCCUGAUGGCGGCGAGGAAGUGAGUAUGAGCGUAGAGUGGAACGGGGAUGGCACUGGAUCGCUAAAGCGCAGUGGGUCCUUUAGCAAGCUCCGCGCCUCCCUGCGGCGCAGCAGUGAGAAGCUGGUUAGGAAGCUGAAGGGAGGCAAUGCCCGGGACAGUGAACCAAAGAACCCAGGCAUGAAGCGUGCCAGUUCUCUGAAUGUUCUUAACAUGGGUGGCAAGGCUACUGAAGAUCAUUUUCAAGAACGAAAUAAUUGUCUGACAGACUCGCGAGCUCUGAGUGUCAGUCACUCUGAUCUGGCGCAUUGAGAUCUGGGACAGAAGCUAGCUAAUGUUCCUGUGUGAAUAAAGAAGCACUGAGACCUUCAAA